AUGGUCCCUUCAAGCGUUCUGCUAGUCUUGGUCGUUACGUUUUCCCUUUCAAGCACUGCACUUUGUCGCCAGAAAAGAGCUGCCUUUUCUUGUUCAAAUACUGGACUAAGUGAUUCACUACGGCAAGUUUUUCUUUGUUACCAUAAUGAUGCUCGUCUACGCGUAGCCAAAGGCGUUGAGUCAAAUAAUGUUGGCACCUUGAAUCCGGCGAAAAACAUGUAUAAAUUGGAAUGGGACUGUUCAAUGGAACAACAGGCCCAGAAUGCCAUCACGACCUGCCCACUUAGCCUCGGAUCAUUCCCGAAUAUGGCGCAGAACUUGAUAAGGUACUCCAGCAGUGGUGGAUUCUCUAAUCCAGCCGUUCAGAUCAAUUCAACACUUAACAGCUGGUGGGGUAAAGCGAAACAAUACGGUGUCACGGAUUCGUCGAACAAGUACACCAGCGGGAAUCUUUACACCUUCGCCAAUAUGGUAUUCGCUGAAACCACAAAACUUGGUUGCGCAUAUAAAGUUUGCAGCAAUUAUUUGACGAUCACAUGUCUCUAUAAUGGAAUUGGUUAUUAUACUAAUGCACCAAUGUGGAUCACUGGUCCAGCAUGUACUAAAGCAUCCGACUGCACUACAUAUUCAAAUUCUAGUUGUAGUGGUGGCCUGUGCAUCAAAGGAGCGGAUAUUCCAGACACCAACAAUGAGUGUUCUAACAAUACAGGAACAACAGAUGCAGUUCGACAAAAAUUCCUCGAAAUGCAUAACAAUUACAGAUCCAGCGUUGCACGCGGGCUAGAGCCGGACGCGCUCGGCGGAAAUGCUCCGAAGGCGGCUAAAAUGCUUAAGAUGGUGUACGACUGCUCAGUCGAGUCCACAGCGCUGGCACACGCCUCGAAAUGCGUCUAUCAACAUUCUAGCAGCGCUGCUCGACCAGGAUUAGGAGAAAAUAUCUAUAUGACAAGUGCUGUCAAUUUUGAUAAAGUUAAGGCUGCUACGCAGGCAUCCGAACUCUGGUGGGGCGAGCUGAAACAGUAUGGGGUUGGCCCGUCAAACAACCUUACCACAGCUCUAUGGAACAGACCUAACACGCAAAUUGGACAUUACUCGCAGAUGGCCUGGGAGACAAGCUAUCGACUUGGUUGCGCCGUUGCUCACUGUUCUAACUUUACAUUUGGUGUUUGUCAGUACGGGCCAGCAGGUAAUUACCUCAAUCGCCUUAUAUACACAAUUGGAAAUCCAUGCACGUCGAACGCCGGAUGUCCAGGAUCGUACACAUGUAAUGUUACGGAAGGAUUGUCAGUACCGAUGAGUUUUCGAAUCGGAUUAUUGCUGGCAACGGUGGUUGCCUGCGUCCGUUCAUCUCCAAUCCACUACGAUGUUUCUUUGCUACGAACAAAGCGAGACAACGAGAACGCAACUACCAUGGCUACAUUUACAGUCGAGCGGCUGGACGCCCCCAUAGAGAGGAUUGAAAUUCGGCUUAUCGACGAGAACUCCACGAACACCGUUUUGGAGCAGCCACCAGCAGCAGUUGAAACCGUGGAACAAAGCUCGGGAAAUAGUGUUGUUAACACACAGUUGAAGCAUGGAACAGCCACCGAGAACGCAAUCGAUGAGAAUGUUGUUGGAUCAGCUGAUCAGUACGAUGUGAGGUACAAAAAGGUUGAAUACGUAAGUGACGUUAUACUGACUCGUCAGGAUAACACACCAACAGAACUCGCAGUUCAACUGCGUACAGACAAUAUUGUUACCGAAGAACCGUCAUCGACCAUCGACGCCACUACGACUACAGAAACUUUUACACACAGGGAAUCUGACAAGAUCAUUCCACGAGCAGAGGCCAGAGCAUGGUUGUCGUCGUAUUCCACACGAAGUCCGUCAGAUAUCGAUGAUGAUCUCGAUGUUCUACCUCCGGAAGCUGAGGAAAGCAGCUCGGACGACGAAUAUGAACCCGUGGAAGAAUGUCUUUUGAACAAAGCGGAACUUCCUUUGAAGACUGUUCAAAAACUUACAGAACAAGCUCGAAAGCUUGGCAAACUCAUACGAACAAGGAAUAGAUUGCAGCAACAGUACUGCAUCAACCGCGAACAUCCCCAGCUCAACGAUGAGUUCAGAUUGUGCCCAAUCUGGCGAAAUGAAAAGAAGGUGCACAACUACCAACUUAUGCGUAUCAAAUACUGUGCCGACUACAGCAAAUGGCCGAAUGCUUCAAAGUUGAUGAGCACCUAUGGAGAUAACCUAAACCUAUAUGAAACGCUCUACGCGUUUCAAAAACCGUGA